CCUAAAUUUAUAUCGCGCUUAGUGUACACAAAGCUUGCAGCCGCUUCCGUGAUUAAUUGUGUUAGCUACGUUAUUUAAAAGUAUUUCGAUGGAUCCAGUUAUUAUUAUUCCAUUUGCAUUUGCUUUGGGAAUAUAUUCUGUGAUAUUAAUAGAUCUGCAGUUUUGGUUUAAAUGGAUACUUUCAUACAUUUACAUUGAAGUAAAUAAACGAAUGAAAUCAAAAAGAUUCAUUGUUUACGAUCCUAAGGCUUUAAAUGAUGCAGAGAAAGUUGGCUUCAUUGCGCCUGAAGAAGAAUUCCGUUUAGAAUCUCCAUGCAUUGAAUCCCAUUUAGAAAAGGCAGAAGACGAAAUUUUUUGCUACGGUGUGAAUUCUAAAUCAGAAUGCCUUAUCGUCAGCAUCUCCAGGCACGCGGAUCAAAAGGCAGACGCCUCUAUUUACCUAAAACUGGCUUCUGGGAAGACCUACACUUUGCAAAUGACGGAUCACUUCCAACAAUCAUGCAGAGAUAAAAAUGUGUUCUCCUGUGGGGAUCUGCAGAUGUCGUACACAUCUCCGAUGAGGAGAUGGAGAAUAUUUUACAAUGGUUACUUGAGAGAGAUGAGGGAUGAUGGGUCUCAGAAUGGACGGAUGGUAGUCGUAAAAUUUGCACUCAGAUGGAGGGCUGCUUCUGAGAUCUUUGAUGCUACGUGGGAUAUAAACUCAAAGUCACUUGCCAGAGCUUUCGCAAAAGUUGACUGGAAAUCAACGUUUCCUCCACUGGAUAAACUCAAAGAUGCUUUAAAUUUUUAUGUACAAUCUGGAAUUAUACAUGGAACUGUGACUGUAACUGAGGAACAAGAUGAGCAGGAGAUAUACUUGUUUGGCCAGCGAAUCAGGAAUUUAGGUGGUGUUUCUUGUAUAGAAAAAGGUGAAGUAGAACACAUACUAGGCUGUAUUCAUCAAAAUGGAGCUUAUGUUUAUCUGGCGAAAGCAUCAUUAACCAAUAUUGUGAAGGAUUUAUGCUUUGGCUUUAUUGUACAACCAGACUGUGCUCUCAAAAUCAUGAAGAAAAUUGAGAUAAACACCAAAGGCUCAAAAUAUGAGAAGUCUCUAGAAACAACUUUCAAAAAUGGGAUUUAUCACUCACUUCAUGGAUCCUUUUGUAGUCCAAGUCUACUAAAUACCAACAAAAGAGAUGGCAAUGGAACGUCUUUCAAGCGAUUUGAUUUUUAUAUUAAUGGGAAAAAAGGAAGCGGAAUUCGCGUGAAAAGGCAUAUCGUCGUAGGAUUACCGAGAAAAAAUUUUUCAAGGAAUAUUUUACAGAAGUCUCGUCUUCCAGUAUCAUCUUUGGUGGUUUCCUUUAUGGAUGAAGUAUGCCAAGAACCGGAAAUAACGGGAGGAAAAGGAUCAUCAUUGGGAAAAUUGACUUUUUUGAGCAAAGAUUUGCAAACUCUUAUAGUGCCAAAGGGAAUAGUUGUCACCACAGCAGCAUACAAGAAUUUUGUUACCAAAGAAAUACUUCAGAAAAUAAAAGUGUUAGAAAAUGUUGUAUACGGUAAUAUCGGAGACGUUAAAGAAGCCUGCAAAAGUUUAUGUGAAGAUAUUGAGAGAACUGAAUUUCCAAAUGAAUUAAGCGAAGCUGUAGAAGCGUGUCUAAAGGAAACGUUUGGAAACGAAGUAGAUUUAUUAAAAUUCGCUGUUCGAUCAUCAGCCACGGGUGAAGACACCGAACAAAUGUCUGCUGCUGGUCAAAUGGACACUUUCUUAGGCGUCUCUGGGCUAAACGAAAUCCUGCAUGCUAUUAAAAAGUGUUGGGCUUCACAAUUCGGAUACGUUGCAAUCCAGUACAAAAGGCGUUAUGGUCAAUGCUUGAAUUCUCCUAUGGCUGUUGUCAUUCAAGAAAUGGUGGCUUGCGAUGUUGCUGGAGUGCUUUUCACCUGUGAUCCUCUGACAGGAAAUCCAACAAUUAUGACUAUAACUGCCAAUUAUGGCUUAGGAGAGUCUGUAGUAUCCGGCUCAGAAGAACCUGAUACUAUUGAAUUACAAAGAGAUUCUGAAGAUCAUUUGCAUAUGAAGGACAUAAUUAUUGGAGCAAAGAGUCGUAAAAUAAUUAUGAAAGUUGGAGAAGGCACUGCUUUGGCAAAUGUUUCCGAAAAUGAAAAAACAAAAUGCUGCUUGUCACAGGAACUGAUUAUGCGACUGGGAUAUCUCGGAAUUGAAGUUGAAAGAUAUUAUCGUUCGCAUAGAGAUAUAGAAUGGGGUGUCCAGAACAACAAUAUAUACCUGUUUCAAUCUCGUCCUGUUACCAGUGGCACAAAUGAGACGUCAUUUGAAAUAGAACACGAAUUCGAUAAUCCCCUUCGAAUCGAGAAUGAUUUCUUUUCUGUGUGUAAUGUUGGAGAAGUCAUACCAGGAGCAUUGUCACCUUUGGGAAUGGAAUAUUUCUAUAAAGUGCUCACCUUAGCAUUCUAUAAUGAAGUUACCCCAUGGAUUCCUCCAGUUCGGUGCCAAUAUUUUUACAGCGGUAUGAUGGUGGCUUACAAUCAUGGCAUGUUCGGUGUCACAGACAUGUUUCGUGGUCAGGAAUCUGAAAAUAUGGAUUACUUCUCCCAAGCUUCUAUGAUAGCCUUUUUCGGUAGAAUAAUACGUGAUGAAGAAAUGUUCCAAGCAUGCAAAGAAAAGUAUGGAGAUACAGCAAAGCCUUCUUCUCUGUUUGGGUUGUUAAGGGUUUUGUUACUGAGCGACAAAAAGCUUCGAAAAGAAGAAAAGACAUGUGAAGGUUACCACAUUGCAUUUGAAAAAUUCAAAACUUCUCGAGAACUUUUUGAUUAUCUGUUAAAAAAGUGUUGCGAUCUAACGAGUGUUACUGCAAGUCAUUUAGUAACUUCUCAGGCAUCAUCAAUUUGGAAUAUGCUUGUUUUCACUAUCCUUGGGAAAGCGAAAGGAGGAUUUGACGACGAAGUUUACAACAAUGCUUCUUGUCUGCUAAGUACCGGUAGCGAUGUAGAAAGUGCUGAUGUUCCUUCAGCUAUUCAGAGUCUGGCCUUCCAUAUUUCUAAAGCAGUAAAUAUUCAGGAAUUCAAGAGCAUGCGUAUUGAGGAGGCACUGAGUUGGCUGCAAGAAACAAAUUCAUCUGCUGGAAAAAAAUUUAGAGAAUUUUUGAAGAAACAUGGACACAGAUGCAUAAAAGAAUUCGACCUGUAUUCAAUUACAUGGGGUUCUGAUCCGAAGCCAUUAGUCAAACUGUUACAGAAUCUGGCUGGAAAUGUCACUGAAGAUUCUAUCAAGAAGGUAAAUGAAAACUUAAAUGAAACGUUAUCAAAACUCACUGUACCUUUGGGAUACUUCUCUAGAUACUUGCUGAAAUUUUUAUUACCUGUCAGCCAUAGAGCGAUCCAAAAUCGCGAAAAAUCUAAGUCACUUAUGGUGAAAGGAUUUGACGAGUGGAGGAAAGCUUUUCGACAUCUUGCAAAAUUGAUGGUGUCCGAAGGACGUCUUCCUGAAGAAGAUCUUCUGUUCUUUAUGAGACUAGCUGAGAUCAAGGAAUUACUGAACACUAGGUCGCCAAAAAUAAUAGCUAGGUCCAUUCAAAGGCAGAAGCGGUAUCCAGUUAUGAACAAGUACAUUUUUGCUGAAAUUAUGAAAGGUGUGCCAAAACCUAUUAAUUUGGAAGAAAAGCCUAUUGUCCCCACAGCUGAAGAUUUUAUGAUGAAAGGUAUUCCAGUCAGCCAAGGUGUAACUGAAGGUUUCAUCCGUGUUGCUAUCACUCUAGAGGAAGCCUCUCACUUAAAGCCUGGAGAAAUUCUUCUGACAUACGGCACAGAUAUUGGUUGGACACCUUAUUUUCCGACGUUGGCUGGAGUUGUGACUGAGUUAGGAGGACUCAUAUCACAUGGAGCUGUAGUCAGUCGAGAAUACGGAAUACCUUGCAUAGCAGGAAUGCAUGGAGCAACGAGAAAAUUUCAAACAGGAGAUUAUGUACGGCUUGAUGGCAACACAGGUACAUUACAAAAACUUCCACCUCCAAAGAAUACGUGACCUGUAUCAACAAAAUGGCUAUUUUGUUAUGAAAAUAUUUAAAAAAUGCUAGUUUAGGUCUUUUAAGAGUGGAUUCUUCAAUGUGAGUGCUAUUUGAUCUGAAUAAAAAGAAAUUUUUAAUUCUCUU